AGACCUGGCAUGGUGAGGCUGCUGCUCAGCCCCCCGCCCUCUGUCCUGCCAGUCCCAGGGUCCUGCCCCAGGCCUCCCCUCACUCUGACUCUCCUCUCUCCCUGCAGAUGCUGUGGCUGCUCUUCCUGACCCUCCCCUGCUUGGGGGGCUCCAUGCCUGUGACUUCUGACCCCAGCCCAGGCACGGAUCUGGUGGGCAUCGUGGGAGGGCAUGAUGCCCACCCUGGGAGGUGGCCGUGGCAGGUGAGCCUGUGGAUCUUUCACCGGACAGAUAACAAGUGGGGGUUCACGUGUGGGGGCUCCCUCAUCCACCCCCAGUGGGUGCUGACGGCCGCCCACUGCAUUCCAGGGACAAUCCCAGUGCCUCAGCACUUCAGGGUCCAAGUGGGACAAGUGAGACUCUCAAACGGUGACAAAGUGGAAGUGGCUAUGGCCAUCCGCCACCCCAAGUACAACCUCACACAGCAGGCAGAAGGUGGAGCUGACGUGGCGCUUCUCAAGCUGCAGGCCCCUCUGACACCGUCUAACCUGGUCAACUGGGUCACCCUCCCACCAGCGAUGCUCACGGUCCCCUCAGGCACCAGGUGCUGGGUGACAGGCUGGGGUGACAUUGCUGUCAAUGAGCCGCUGCCCCCACCCUACCACCUGCAGGAGGUGGAGGUCCCCAUCGUGCCAGAUGAGACCUGCAGGCAGCAAUACCGUCCAAUCAACAAGAUUAUCAAGGACGACAUGCUGUGUGCGGGGAGCAAUGGCCGGGACUCCUGCAAGGGUGACUCAGGGGGCCCCUUGGUCUGUAACAUGACAGGUACUUGGUUGCAAGUUGGGGUGGUGAGUUGGGGGGAAGGCUGUGGCAAUCCCAACAAUCCUGGAGUCUAUGCCCGUGUGACAUCCUACUUGUCCUGGAUCCACAAGUGUGUCCAUUCCUCUACUUGA